AUGGGGCAAGAAUACUCGGCCCCGCGACCGGGCACCAAGCUCCGCGUCAUCGGCGCUGGCCUGCCUCGCACAGGCACAGCCUCCUUCACAAAGGCUCUCUCCAUGCUGCUCGACGGGCCCGUGUACCAUACCGGCACGCAAUCAACCCUCGGCCCGGAGCGCGAGGUCAAGACCCUCAUCGAGAUGCUCCGCCUCAUCAAGACCGACAUCGACCCGGCCGACCGCGCAAAGGCCCUGGCCCUGAUGAAGGGCCAACUGGACGGGUACGCCGCGGUGACGGACGCGCCGUACUGCAGCCUCGCGCCAGAGCUGCUCGAGCUGUACCCGGACGCCAUCGUCAUCUGCACGACGCGCGACGUCGACGGCUGGACCAGGAGCAUGUCCGGCAUUGCGUCCACCGCCACGCAGGGCUUCCUGCGGUUUUCGCUGUACCUCCUCCCCUCGAUGCGGUGGUUCCCGGACUACAUCGAUGCCCUCAUAGUGUAUUAUGGUGUGCUCACGGGUCUCCCUACGCCCGAGGCGUGGGCGAGGCAUGUGGAGAAGCUCAAGAGGAGUGUCCCACCGGAGAAGUUGUUUUUUUAUGAUGUCAGGGACGGGUGGGAGCCGUUGUGUAAUAUUCUCGGUGUCGAGGUGCCCGAGGGGGUCGAGUUUCCAAGAAUCAAUGACGGCAAGGCCCUUGACGCCUUUGCAAAGAAGCAGAUCAGGACCGGGUUGUUGCGUUGGGUGGUGGUGUUUGGAAGCGUGGCGGCCGCGGUAGGGGCGGCCGUGAUGGCCCGAGGUUAG